GGACCUGUUGAACCAAACUUGAAGCGGAUGAUACUCCGUUGGACGAGCUCUCAAGCUUUCCUGUUCCUGCCUUAAGUUUCUUGGGUUGUAUUUUUAACCUCCGAACCCUUGGAGAAGAUCAUGAAUAACCGCCUUCUCUGUCUUUUGCUCGUGCUCAUGCUGGUGAGUCGUCAUUCACCACCAAGAUGGCAACGGUAUCUAUCAUAUCAUAUCAUAUCAUCAUAUCUCCAUCCAUGCAUGACAUAAUCAACGCCUCUUGCGAUACCGACAAACACAUACAUCGAACUCAAGGACAUCAUUGACCUCUCUCAAGAUUUUGUUCCACCAAUAGGUGACCAUCAAAUGUACCUAGGUAGGUGGUUACAAAAUUCGCCAUCCGCGAUCUUCAUUGGUCGGAUAUGGAACAUGUUACUUCUAAGCCCAUCAUGAGGCAAAAUUCGAAACGCCAAUUGUAGAGAAGAGAAACCAAGAAAUCCUUGAACCCCUCGUUUUCAAGCACCGCCAUCACAACAACACUCACGAUUUUACCACGCCAUCCUUUGACCGCAGUCACACAGUCGCAAUGUUGUUACAAUCUUCUGGAAUCACACGAAUGCCAUCUAUUGCACGGCCCAUUUCACCAGGUAUGAAGCAAUGUGUGCAAAUUCCUCACGAUAUGAAUGGGCAUUGCUGGUAAGGGAAGUGUUUCUGUUUCUGUUCUAUGCUGGGACGGUAAGAUCACACCACCAUUGAGGCAAUACUUACGAUUACAUUCCGUUUUACCUCUCCCCAUUGUGGUUUUCGGUGGUAGGGCGGUCUUCUUUUCUUUCCUGUCGCAAGAACGGUUCUCAAACUCUUGUGGCUUAUUCUUCUCUUUCCACUUGAUUGUCUGUCUUUUUCUUCAUUUCAUCUCUUUCUUUUUCAACGUCUGCCAAGCAAAGCUCAGUGCAUUGAUUGCUUGAUUUCUCUUCAUUAUUGGAUUUGUUCUUUCAUUGCCAUACGAAGGUAGCCCAAUCAGUGGCCGAUUUACACAAAUUUAGACGCCGGACGUCCUCUUACUAAGACAACCUUCUCUUCUUCCUUUCAUUUAUACUUCGUUCAUAUCGAAGUUUGACGUCGAGUUGAGUAUAGCUGGUACUAUUCAACAGGACAAGAUGGCGGAUAAAAUUCUUUUGACAUAUGUUAUUCUGGACAUACUCUUUGUAGGUUCAGGUGCAUUAUUGCUUGGGUUUGCCUUGACGACGAAGACUGGUACUUCGCAGGCUCCUACUAUUGCCAGUGUAGCUACCGAUUUGUUGUUGAUGGGUACACCUUUGAAUGCCGCCAUUGGAAAUGCAAUCUUGAUCUUCUUCGCCUUCCUCAUCUCCAUUCCCGCCAUGCUCCUCAGUACCACUCGCGGCUGGCUCAAACUUCAUGGCUUCUUCGUCGUUGUCUGUGGUCUCUUCACUCUCGUUAUCGGUCUUGAUAUUUGGUUCGGUACACUAGAAUCUAAACAAUCUCUUCUCGAUACAUGGAUUGCCCAAUCUGCGACCACGCAAAGUUUGUUGCAGGAACAAUUAAGCUGUUGUGGAUAUUUCAAUAGUACGAGUGCGCCAGCUUUCGUAAUCGAUAGUACUUGUCCUAAUGCUAUUAUUGCGGCCACAAUGCCGGGAUGUUCAGCGGCAUUUGUUAAGUUGGAUGGAUUGUUCUUGGAUGUCAUCUUUACAGCGGCUUUUGGAAUCGUGGGCUUGGAUGUUGCGCUUAUUUUUGGUAUUGCAAUGCUUAACAAGGAUCGUAAGGAGAGGGAAAGAUAUAGAUUUAUUGAUGAGAAGAAUGGAACGGGGUCUUUUUAGGUUAUAAGCGAGGGUGGGUGAUGGAAAUGGGUGGCUAGAUGGAUGGAUGGUUUUCAGUUUUUGGGAUGGGGAUGGUCUAAGGUGUUGGAGCACUAGGGGUUUGUAGUGGAGUUUGGGGAAUGGGGGAUGAAGGAGGGUAUGCUGUGUUGCAGGGAAAUGCUGUUAAGGGAAGGAGAACGGAAGAGAUUGUGGGUGGGAUAGUGGAGAGGGGGUUUCUUAAGAUAUGGCAAACAGGUUUCAAUGGAGGGACACGAUUCUAUGAAAAUGAAAAGGGGCCAGAGCAGGAGCAGCAUAAAACAAGUGAAGCUGAAUGGAACAGAGGAAUGCAAUUACUCAUCUGGAGAACUCCUACAUCUCACUAAGAUUAAUCCAAUGUAACCACAACGCUUCAUUUUCUACUUCAAUGUCUUUUUUUUGUUUCUUCUGAGUUCUUUUUAUAAGUUAUAUUUUAUGUGUUUAAUGUUUCUAGAUUGUUUGAAUAGAUAGAUAGGUUUUGCUUUGUUUUGUUUUGUUUUGUUUUGUUUUUGAGGGGAGAGGAAGGGCUAGAUUAGCGAGGUAGAUGAAUAGAUAGGUAGUUAUAUUGUAUUGUGUUGCAUGUAUUAUAGACAGUUGCUAGUUUCAAUGUACUAUGGAUAUGAAGGUGAAUGUAAAUAUGAAUGUGAAGUUAUUCGGGUGUGAAUAUUUGGGAUUAGAAGGAUAGUAUAGUGUGGUGUGAUAUGGCGUGGUGUAGGAUAUGGGAGAUGGGAGAUGAGAGAUAAAUUUAAAAGUUGUUUAUAGGGGGUGUGGUAUAGGAAGAGAGGGUUUGGAUGGAGGGGUUUGUAUAGAGGGGGUUGAGAUUUGAGGUGAAUGCUGGAUUCUGGAUACUGGUUGAUGGUUGAUGGUUGAUAAAUUCUGGUUGGUGUUUAGUGUUUAAUGUUUAGUGAGAUGUAGGAGAUGUAAAGAUAAAUAGAAUGAGGAAUUAACGUGACAAGAUCUCUAAGAUAUAAAUAGGAUAAUGAAGUGGUACAUUGAAAAGGGGAGUGAGAAGAGGAUUGUGAAGAUGUGGAGAUAGAGGGUUAGUGAAAGGGUGAGAAUUUAUAUUUUAAGUUGGGGGGGCUUUGA